AUGUCAGCAACUAAAGCAAGAGAUACAAUUACAGACAGUGCAUGUCAUGUACUGAAAGGUGCCAUCGUAAAGGUGCUCAACUGUCCAGUCACUGUCAGUGUAGAGUGUCAGAACAAGGUCAAGGGAAGAGUAUGCAUUGAGUAUACAAACCCAGACAAACCAGACGAUGCUACAAUUCAAAAGAUCGAGCAAGAGGCCAACAGAGUGAUCAAGGAGAAUCUACCCUUCAAUGUCUUCACUAUGGAGAGGAAGGCUGCUGAGGAAAAGUAUACAAAGGACAAAGUUAACAACACAUACAUCUAUGAUAAGUUCCCCGUCCCAGAGUUCGACAUUGCUGCAUCAGCUGCUGAGGACCCAAAGAAGAAGAAGGGAGGAGCUCAACAACAACAGGCACAGGUCGUCAGUCCACUCGAUGAGAAGCGCGCAAGAUUGGCCGCCACCAACGUUAAUGACCUGACGAAUCGUAUCGUUCAACUGGUGCUGAGCAGUGCAAGCGACAAACAACAACUGGAGAGUAAGACCAUUCCAGAGAUUCAGAUCCUGCUCAACAACCUUAAGAACAAUGCCUACACCAAUGGUUACAAUGCAAAGUAA